AUGCCAGCAUGUAUCCAUGUCCCAACAAUGCGUACGCAAGAAAGGAAAUGAGGACAAAUGCUAACACACGCAUUGAAGACCUUCGAUUGGUCCUGAAGAGGACAGAGGAGUUCCGUGAGACUACCCUGACUGCAGCAGCAGCCAACCUCCAGGAGUGGACCUCUAAAGUAAAGAAGAUGAAGGCCAUCUAUUACACAUUGAACCUGUGUAACAUAGACAUCACACAGAAGCUGAUUGUUGCUGAGAUUUGGUGUCCAGUGUCUGACUUAAACUCUGUGCACACUGCACUGAUACAUGGAUCAGAGCAGAGCGGCUCCAGUCUUAGCCCCGUCGUGAACAGAAUCCAAACCCAACAGACACCUCCAACAUUCAACAGGGUUAACUCCUUUACCACAGGUUUCCAGAGCAUUAUUGAUGCCUAUGGGGUCGGCAACUAUCAGGAAAUAAACCCAGCUCCAUACACCAUGGUGACCUUCCCCUUCCUGUUUGCGGUCAUGUUUGGAGACUGUGGUCACGGUCUCGUCAUGACUCUGCUCGCCUUAUGGUUGAUCCUACACCAAGAACACUUCAGAAAGCUGAAGAACGAGCUGAUUGACAUGCUGGUGGAUGGACGCUACAUUAUAUUCCUGAUGGGCCUCUUCUCCAUAUACACUGGCCUCAUCUACAACGACUGCUUCUCCAAGUCCUUCAACGUCUUUGGAUCCUCGUGGAGCGUCCGACCCAUGUUCCAUCCACACGGACCGUGGACUAAUGACACGUUGCAUGACUCUGGCCAUCUUCAUCUGGACCCCCUGGUGUCUGGAGUCUACUCUGGCAAUCCCUACCCAUUUGGUGUUGACCCGAUUUGGAAUAUUGCAUCGAAUAAGCUGUCGUUCCUGAACUCUUACAAGAUGAAGAUGUCUGUAAUCAUGGGAGUGGCCCACAUGCUCUUUGGAGUCACUCUGAGUCUGGUGAACUACAUAUUCUUCAGAAACUUAAAGGAUGUUGCGUUGCAGUUCAUUCCAGAGGUGAUUUUCAUGCUGUCUCUGUUUGGAUACCUGAUCUUCCUCAUCCUCUACAAGUGGUGUGUAGUGAUGAAGUCUGAAUCUGCUCCUAGCAUCCUGCUCCUCUUCAUCAACAUGAUGCUCUUUGACUACAGCUCUGAGGGUACUGUGCUUUACAGAACACAGAAACCUGUGCAAAUAUUUCUGGUGGUUGUUGCUGUGCUUAUGGUUCCUUGGCUACUGUUUGCCAAGCCCCUGCUCUUGUAUAGAAAACACAAGCAAUUAAAGCUGAAGCCCUCAACAAACAAGCUUCCCAUGCAGGUUUUUGGGAUCUCCAACCAAGAGGCUUCAGAUAACAGGAAAGAGAAGGUCAGUAUGGCUGACAUUUUCGUGUACCAGGGCAUCCACACCAUCGAGUACUGCCUUGGAUGCAUCUCCAACACAGCCUCCUACCUCCGCCUGUGGGCUCUCAGUCUAGCUCAUGCUGGCUAUUCAACUAAUCGGCUACCUGCCGUCACCUGUUAUGUUCAAAUUAAUUCAACUGUAUUCUAUGUGCCUGUGCUUGUUGUCUGUGUAGAGCUGUCUGAGGUGCUGUGGAAGAUGGUUCUGCAGGUGGCUCUGAGGGUCACCUCGGGGAUGGGUUCUGUUCUGCUGGCAGUGACCUUUGCUGCCUUUGCUGUCCUCACAGUCACCAUUCUCCUGGUCAUGGAGGGUCUCUCUGCCUUCCUCCACGCCCUACGGCUGCACUGGGUUGAAUUCCAAAACAAGUUCUACAAAGGAUCUGGGUACAAGUUCACACCUCUUUCCUUCGACAGGAUGAGAGACAUGCAGUGACUUCAGAUAGCAAUAACGCGUUUCUCUACGAGUCCGUUGUCAUAUUCAUUUACUGUUUAUGUUGAUAUGUCUUUGUGUUAGUCAUUGAUCACAUUAAGUUGUUUUCGGUAUGUAGAUCGUACUCUAUAACUGUCGCCAUGGAAUGAAAAAUCGGUGCAAGCAAGGUGCAGCAUUUGCCACAAGAUGGCAGCACACAAUUAUUAGUCAGUCAUGGUUCUAAAAGUAGGCUACAUUCAGCAACAGAAGAAUUGUCAAAAGAACACAAUAAAUAUAAGGAGAUUUAGUUGAGCAUCUACUUCCUAAAAUGUCUUAAGAGUUUAAUUAGAUUAAAAAACAAUGAACAAUAUUUAGAUCCAACAAUAGUGUACAAAACAUUAAGGACACCUUUCUAAUAUUGAGUUGCACCCUGGCCCUUUUUCCCUCAGAACAGCCUCAGUUCGUCGGGGCAUGGACUAUACAAGCGUUCCACAGGGAUGCUGGCCCAUGUUGACUCCACUGCUUCCCACAGUUGUGUCAAGUUGGAUGGAUGUUCUCUGGGUGGUGGACCGUUCUUG